GCUGGCUCCGGCCCCCGCUCCCUGCCUGCCUGCCGGUCCCGAGCUGCCACGCCCCGGCUCCCCCGGCCGGUAGCGGCGCCCACACACGUGCGGCUCGGCCAGUUUCCGGGUGCCGCACAGUCAGGGCAGGCGGCAUGCAGGAGGAGGAGGACGGGGCAGCCCGGGAGUUCCUGGGGAGCGUGCUGCGCGAUCUCCCGGAGCAGAGACAGCAGCUGAGGCCGGGCAGCCGCACCGUGAGCCGGGAGGAGGCACAGGGGGAGCUGGCGGAGGUCCUGCUAGGAUUUCUGGGAGACAGGUGAGAGGGCUCCCCACACCCCCUCCAUGGGCACUGUGUAACCAUAGCAACACAAUGACAGGGCUGUCACUGUGAGAGAGGGAGCGCACCCACGGGGGAACUACAACUCCCAUCAUGCUUUGCCAGCCAUUACAAUAGCACAGCAUCGUGGGGAUAGAAGUCGCACAGCUGGUGGGUCUGCUCUGUGGCCAGCCCUGCUAUAAAGUGACUAACUAGCCCUGGGCUUCCAGAGAGUGACUGUUAGAGAGAGAGAGUGUGUGUGUGUGUGUGUGUGUGUGUGUGUGUGUGUGUGUGUGUGUAGUGCUGCUGUCAUUGUAGGACACAUUGCUUUCAUGUCAGGAGAGUGUGGCUAUGACCUGUGUGUGUCAAUAAAUCUGUAUUCAGCAAUAAGCUGCAGUCACUACUUACUAAUAUUGUUGGUUUGGUUUUGUAAUUUAGAAUUUGAUCCAGUUUGGAGUUUAGUGGGUAUGAACCCUGAUUGUGAUUGCCAUAGUAAUCAGGUCAGUUUAUCCAGACCCUGUUUCUGCAGCUUUACUUUUGACAAAUUUUGGACUUAAAAAUAUGGUCUUGAAGAGUUUACACCUAGGGGAGCGAUGGCAAGGGGGGGGCAGGGGAGGAGGUACUCUGUGGGUUUUGGCUUUUGCUGAUGGCCUUUCAGUGCUUGCCAAGACUGGCUCACUGGCAUAUUUUCUGGAAGACUGCAGUAUUUGGGGCUUACCUGGCUGCCAGACUAUGAUGAGUAUGUAUUUAAUUCUUGGAGGUGUUUGCAAGUGCUGCACUGUGAGUAGGUCCAUUGACACUUGUGAGUUUUGUGUGCAAAAAUUUGAUAUAUUUUUAUUCUUUUUACCAGUUUUCGAUGGUUACGCCUAUAGCUGGAUUGAACAUAAUGUGACCAAAGGCCGACAUGGGUUUGCCAGAGGCCUAAACACUACAACAGUGGUUAGCUGUGUGUUCCUCUUAUACUAGAAGUGGAGGAAGUACAAACUGGUAUUCUUUCUAGAGCUCUGUGCUUGGGCAUCCACGGAAAUGUUGACAGAUUUGUUUGGUAUCUAUGAGACAUUUUUUUUAAACUAACAAAGUUUCAAUUUCAACAAGAAAAAUACAAUUCUUAAAGGGAUACUGUACUCACCAUAACCACUACAGAUUAAUAUAGUGGUUCUGGUGUCUCUGGCCUCUCCUGUAGGCUUUUCAGUGUAAAUACUGCAUUAUCAAAGAAACACUCAGACGGCCAUUAGUGUGUCCUGGGUCAGUGCUGCACAGUGUGCAGCACCUACAUUUAGCAUCUCCUCACUCCGUAUGGAGGCACUGAAUGUUCGCCAUUGAGAAACCAACAUGGCGUGGGGGGAAAAAAGUGAGUAAACAACUUUCCCAUGCAAGCGGAGGAGGGCAGGUAACCUAAAAAGAUGCAAUUUCUGUCAAGCACAGACACAUGUACAGACGUCAUAUUUAAAAAAUAAAUAAAUAAAAAAAAUCCCCCAACUUAAUGAAGUGGUCUGGGUGCCCGGUCCAUCUAGGAUUAACCCUUUUUGCUGUAAACAUAGCAGAUUCAGAGAAACUGCUAUGUUUAACUAUGGGUUAAUCCAGCCUCUAGUGGCUGUCUCAUUGACAGCCGCUAGAGGCGCUUCUCACUGUGAUUUUCUUGCCGCGCAUGCGCAUUCAGCCAGGGACGUCAGAAGAGGGAGGAGAGACCCAGCGCUGGAAAAAAGGUAAGCGAUUAACCCCUUCCUCCCCCUUCAUCGCCACGGGAGUGGGACCCUGAGGGUGGGUGGGGGCACUAUAGUGCCAGGAAAACGAGUUUGUUUUCCUGGCACUAUAGUGGUCCUUUUAAUGACUGUUGUUUCUCAUUUAUUACUCACUACAAAGAUUGCUGUAUUUAAAGAGGAACUGACACAUGGAGAGCAGUGGCAGUUCCUCAUUCUUACACCCCAACAAUCACUUUUGUACCAUUUACAGGGAUGAAUAAAGCAACAGGGUUUUUUUUUUUGGUUUUGUUUUUUUAAACUUACCAUUUGUUUUUUCCUCUUCCCUAUCAAUAUUUCCACACCUAUCCUCUCUGAUGUCUGAAGGCUCCUUACCAAGGGGGCCCGCUCCACAUAGCGUGAUCAAACUAGUGUAGCUAUUGGGAAACUGCCGAACAAAACAGGGUUUCGGGGGGUUGACUCUUCCAGGAACAGGCUAUUUGUCAACAGUUUGACUUCUUACCUG